CAGGCCUUUUGGUCCAACAUCAGUGUGUGACCUCACAAAUGCUCUACUGCAUGAAUGGGCACAAAUUCCCACAGAAACACUCCAACAUGUUGUGGAAAGCCUUCACAGAAGAGUGGAAGCUGUUAGAGCUGCAAAGCUGUCUGUGUGUUUACAAUGAGACGUCAUUAAAGUCCCUGUUGGUGUGAUGGAUGGGUGUCCCAAUACUUUUGUCUAUAUCAUGUAUGUAGGAAUUGUAUGUGGCACAUUUUGCUUGAUGAAUUUGAUUGUGCUCGCUGCUUUUUUGUGUUUUUAAUACAAAUGUAUUUGUAUUUCUUUUUAUUGUUGAGUGCAUCAACUGUAAUUUUUUGGUUUUUAACAUUCAUAGCUGCUUUUCAUUUUUCUUUUCUUUCUGUGAAGUAAAAACAGAGGAAGUAAAAUAUGAUAUGUCUUAUUUGGGACUACAAAAAUUGUGUCACCUUUGAGAGUCGUAUUAAACAGCUGAAUGAAUGGAAACCAGUAAUGGAAAAGGGUUGUAAUUCAGUUUCUUCUGUUGUGAACGUUACCUGCAGAAGCUUCAUUAGGUCAAUGUAAGCUUCAUUCCAAUUUGUGACAUCCCACAUCACUCUGAUGCUGCUGCCGUGAGUCGACAGACAAAUUCAAACUUUUUGGAAGACAAGAUUUUGAAGACUUUUCGAGACUGAAGCUUAUUCAUCGCUGAGCUUCCACACUUCAACUCCCCCAGACUUGAAAUAAGCAUUACGCCUUCGCUUCACACACACUCACAAAAAAAUCCCACUUUAUUUCCCCGAAACAAAAUCAGCAAAUUGCACAAUGUUGAGUAAGCAACACAAUUCUGUAUUUAAAGAGUGAUCAGACACCAAGAUCAGACACUGACAGCAGAAUGUCUGCUAGCAGAUGGAUCGAAAUGUCUCUGACGCUGCUGCUUCAUUUAGCUGGUAAGACUGUGCUUUAAAAUGUCAUGUAUUUGGUUUUAUUAACACCGUGAACACAUCAAGGCCAGCAACUUUUUAAAAAAACUUUAUUAACAACAUUCUUGUCUCAUUCCUCUGCAGCAGUAGCAGCAGAGUAUUCCUACGUCACCGUCAGAGAUGGAGGCGAAGUCACUUUUCCUUGUGAAAAUCUAAUGCAGGAUCAGGAUGAAUGUGACAGCACAACAUGGGUCUUCAGUGGUUUAAGACAAAACACAGCAGCAGAAGAGCUGGUUAAACUCGGACAGAUUGGUGAACAGGCCAGAACCAAAUCAGACAGACUGAGUGUCACAAAGAACUGUUCUCUGGUUAUAAAGAAGGUCUCAGCUGAGGAUGCUGGUCGUUACACCUGCAGACAGUACAAAUCAGGACAUCAACAAGGUCCAGACUCUCAGGUUCAUCUGUCUGUGGUCACCAUGACUGAACGUGAGGACGCUGAUGAGGUGACAUUAAGCUGCUCUGUGGUGACAUGUUCACACACGAUCGAGUGGCUGCGUGUGCUUCACGGCGCUCAGCAGACGCACAGCCAAGAUGUGAAGACGUCACAGUUUCACUGCUCAGCCACUGUGACGUUUCUGCAGCUCGAGCUCAAGUCCAACUAUCGCGAGUCGUUCAAGUGUAAACUGAAAAACGUUCACAGUGGAGAAGUUCAGCUGUUUGCCUUCAGCAGCCAGUCUUCAGCUGGUGACCCGACAAAAACACCAGCAGCAGAAUCCACGACAAAAGCAUCUCAGACAGUGAAAUCAACGGAACACGAAGCUCGUACAGAUUGUUCUGUUCUGGACUACAUGAUGUUGGUUCUGCGUGUGGCUGAACUCCUCCUCAUUACUCUGAUUGCUGUUCUUCUCAUCAGAGCUGCAGGGAAGCAGAGACCACCUGAUGACAACACUGUUUCACACUCAGUCAGAAGGCGGACGGCGAGGCGUUCAGGUGCAGCAGCCGGUCAGGUAAAGGUCAGCUCAGACAGGAGGUGGUGGUGCGUUCAGGUGAAUAAUGAUGAAGAUGAAGAUGAAGGUGUGGUGAAAUAUGAAAACUUUGGAGAAACUUCUGCCUCUGUCAGCCUCCACUGAUCAACAACUUCCACAUCGACAUGAAGUCAUGAGAGAAAAGACUCCACUGCAGUUAAAUAACAUCACAUUUACACGAGCAGUCGAAGCUUUUAGACAACAAAAACCUGAUGAGAUCAUUUUCAGUUUGGGACGACUGCUUGUUUUUAUUUCAUUCAUCAAUGUGAGAAAUGUUUGUGCGUUUUGUGUGCUGAGACAUUUUAGUGUGACUUUGGACAACAGCACUGAUUUCAUCUCAUAUCUGGAAGUCCACUGUGAGUUUUCUAAAACGUCUUCUCCUCCAUCAGCUGUGAAAAUCUUUAUUUUCUGCAGUCACUUCAGAACUCAGCAGGUGGAUUUCAGCUUCCUGGAACAGAAAAGAUCAUUUAACUCUUGUUGUUUUAGGAUUUCCUGGUUGCUGCUGAAGCUUGAGCUCAGUUUCAUGUGUGUGUGUGUGUGUGUGUGUGUGUGUGUGUGUGCAGAUGAGCUCAUUUGAAUUCACUUUGACUCAGCGUUGUUGCUAACAUAUUUGUUGUGAUGUGUGUGUGUUUGGCUUGAAUGUGUUUUCAGUCUUCAUGGAGUCAGUAACAGUCUUCUUCAUCAUAUCCUCACAAUAUAAUCUGCAAAUAAAGAAAUG